GAUCUUAAUCCUUGACCAAGCCUUAACUUUCUACCAGACAAUACCAAAACCUCCUCAGAAGUAACCACUUCUGCUACACAGUAUACGAGCAUAUCUAAUAAGAGCCGGCUCUCUCUCUCUCUCUCACUCUAUCUCUCUCUCGAUGGAAAAUAUGUCCGAAGCAUCGCCGUCAGUGGACUCAUCAUCAACAGGAAGUUCUUCAUCGGCAUGUCCAAGUAUUCAAAUGGUUUCGAAAUCAGACUCAGAGAGGCUUCUUGGCAAGUACUUUGAUGCGUCCCAAUAUGGUUUUGAUUAUGAGCAAAGUAGCCUGUGGUCUCCACUAAUACCAGCUCGAAAGGUUUUUUUGGCUUCACCAGCAGGCCAUAUAUGCUACGAAGAUGAGUUUUUCUCAAAGCUCAAGAAAGCAAAGAGGGCGUGUAGGAGGCGCUUUCCUUGUUUCAAUCACACCUUUUGGCGCACUUCAAGACGACAACCUUAAUUGGUGCCAUCCCCACCUUAAUUUCUUUUCCAAAGGCAUGUUUUAUCUCAAAUCCCCAUUCCCAAGCUGCAUUGGGAAGCUUUUGUCAAAAAGGUUCGAUUCACAAAUGAAUCCCAAGUAUUUGUGUUUAGCUACGAUACAUGCACAAACCUAUAUAUUUUUAUGAAACAUAUGGCUACAUGUAACCUUGUGCUAUCUACUUUUUCAUUCUAAAACUGCAGCAUAUAUACGAUACCAUUCUUAUAUAUCAACCGAGUCAGAAGGGUUUUCAAGUCCAAACAGAACCCUUGAAGUAUAUGGUCUUGUACAACGUUUCUAUACAAUUUUAUGGUAUAAAUUCAUGCACUUUUAUUCCC